AUGGUAGAUGAAGUCGGCGCAUCCGAAAAGGCCAGCGAGAUCCCUCGGCACAACACAGGCAAUCUCCCUGGCGAUGAAGUACCUAGCAAGCCGAAGGAAGACCCGGCUUUGCCAGAGCCGGGACUGAAGGACGACAAACCACAAUCUGCAAACCACAACCUCUCAGUAGCAAGCGCUGAAGGCACAGAGGGACCAUCAGCUAUAUCCGAAGAUCGCGCGAGUGACUUUUCAGAUUCCGAUGAAAGCGAUGCUAGUGCUGGUACAGAUGUCGACGGGGAAUUGGAGAGAAUGAGAAUCACGUUCGACGAGCUGGAGGAGCGUAGAAAGCAGGCACCAAGACGCGUCAGACAAGCAAAUCAGUACAGAAGAACUCUAGAGAAGAGACUCACAAUUCUAGAACAAAGAACCACCGCCUUUGACAAGAAGCUCCGCAGGGUAGUGAACGGUGACGACGAACUUCCAUCAUCAGACGAGGACUCUGAGGAUGAUUACAUUGCGCUAAAGCCCGGGCUCAACUUCCAACUCUCGAAAGGCUUGAAGCCCGUACCAGGUGCCGCAACAGUGCCCGUCACCCACGAAAUCGACGUUUUCAUUGGAGAGCCAGAAGCACAGAAGGGCGAGAGGUUUCGGCGACGAAAGACGCAACUCACCGCACUGGAAGACGACGGGAUAGAUGACCAAGACAUCACAAUCGAAUCGAUCUCGGAACGCUCAUCUCAGACCAUCGACGAGAGAAGGCUUGCUGAAGAAAAAGAGAAGACGAAGAACAAGCACUUUCCCAACCGAGUUCGUUUCAACACGCCCGCAAUAGUGUACCUGCUCCGGAAGUACUUUGGGAGCGAAAGUAGUUUUCGCGACGAUAUCGUGCUGCGCCCUUUCAAGCCUCUUCUUCAGAACAGGGAUGAUAUACUCAACAUCAUGUCUGAAUUGGCUUCAGCUCUGCAUCGACUUGUCGACCAGCGCGCAAAGAAGGGUACAGAACCAGAUAAUGGCCCCAAGGAUACCGGAAGCCCCGAAGAACCAUACGAAGUCAACUCAAAAAAACUCAAAAAAACUCGCAAAUCAAAGAAUGAAUCUAAGCCUUCGAAGAUGAAAGAAUACUCAACUACCCCUGAUGCAAUCACAGCAGACGAAUGGGACGUCGUCCUGAAACAACUCGAGCUUUUUGACGAAAGCAACGGGUGCCAUGGACAGAACAUAUGGAAAUCCUGGCCCAACCUAUCCGAGGUCGAGAAGACCUUUAAUGCCCUCAGAACCCUGCUCGAUAACUAUCUGGUGCCUGGCCACACAGACUUCAGAGAGCGUAAGGCUAAGAAAGUACGAUUUUGUGAUCUAUGGCAUGUAUUCCAGACCGGAGACAUCGUGGUCACGAAGCGAUUGGCAAAUUCGAGUGAGACCGAAACCCACGCUCAACUAGGCAUGAGGGUUCUCAUGACAGCUGGUGGUAGAAGAGUCAUUAUGCCCAAGCUGCCUGCCCCAGUAAUGCCAUCCUCAGUCAAUCUAUCGACCGCCAAACAUGAUAUUGAGCCAAUCAACGGCGUCAACCCGUUCAUCGUUCACGCACAUUACCUGGAUUUUGACGGUGUCAAACUGGUGCCUGUAAGACGUCGGAUCGUGAUUGCUCCAUACACAGGAGAACGAAACAUCUCGGAUCUAGAAGUCGUCCCAAUCGAACAUGCUGGGGCCGCAGCCGACACGCUCAAAGAACGAGGCGAGAGAUUCAUCAAGUUCGUUUUGGCUUCCACAGCGCCAUAUGUAGACUGUAAAGGUCUUGAGCUCCGCACUCGCGAGGAGAUCAACGACAGAGUCAUCGUUGACAUGAAGGGCUAUCUUGGUACAAACCCUGGGGAGAUGCCCACCUUCAAGGAGCCAGAGGAGCUGGACUUGUCAGAGACGAGUGAUUGUGGUCUUGGGAAGACCUGUACGUAUUCGUGCUUCUCGUGCUAUCAUCGCACCUCGGUCGUGCAUGAUCAGCUUUCGGAUCUCGCUGCCUAUCAGGAGUACAUUGAUGAUAAAUCCGUGUUCAACACGAUGUCCGAUGUACCAAAGGCAGGCGCCAUAGAGCCUGAUGAUUUCAUCAUCUGCCAUUACCGCGUUUUCGCUUACAAGCUGCGAUCGCGUGAAUGGGUACACGUAAAUGUCAAAGAUCUGGAACCGCCGAAGGAAACCGAGAAAGCCAGAGGGUUCGAGAAAUUGGUCUUAUCGGAAGACCACAAGCAUAUUCUCGAAUCUCAAGUCCGAGAGCACUUUCGUAAGAGAGGGUCGCAGGCCUCUGAUGGAAACACAGAGAAUGACAUGGAUUUGGUACGGGGCAAGGGGCAAGGACUCAUCAUCCUUCUUCACGGGGCUCCGGGAGUUGGCAAAACCUGCACCGCCGAAUGCAUUGCUGACUUGAUGGAAAAGCCGCUGUAUCCCAUCACAUGCGGUGACCUGGGAAGCUCCGCAGACGACGUCGAGAAGAACUUGAAGAAGCACUUCACUCUUGCUAGCCGCUGGGAUUGCGUGAUGCUGCUAGAUGAAGCAGAUGUGUUCCUCGCCAAAAGGAUGCUGGAGGACCUCCAGCGCAAUAGCAUCGUGUCGGUCUUCCUACGCAUGUUGGAGUACUAUAAAGGCCUUCUCUUCUUGACUACCAAUCGUGUAGGCACAUUUGACGAGGCAUUCACCUCCCGAGUGCACAUCUCGCUGUUCUACCCCGACUUCGAUAAAGAGACUACGCUCAAAGUGUGGAGAACUUUCAUCGACCAAACCAAAUACGUACUGCGAAACAGUGGGCGCAGUAAGGUCACUAUUGCGGAAGACGAGAUCAUGAAAUUUGCCGAGAAGCACUAUGACAGAAACGAGAACGCAAGCUGGAACGGGCGACAGAUCCGAAAUGCCUUCCAUACCGCAGUAGCCAUGGCUGAAUUUGGCGCUCGAAACAAGAAGGACGAUACAGGAUAUGACGACCACAAGGAUGCGACAAUCAAAGUAGGGAAAGCAGAGUUCAAGAAGAUCGCCAGGACCGCAGAGGAGUUUGAGGAAUACAUGGAGGAUACGAUGAAUGGAACCUUCCGCGCGAAAGCAUCGAAAGCAGGGCUGAGAAAGGAUCAGAAAGUGCAGAAAGAGAGGGUGAGGGAGAAGACGACAAAGAAAAAGAAGAAGCAGUCCAAAUCGAAGAAGAAGAGCGAGUCGAGCUCAGGUAGCGAGAGUGAGGAUAACGAUGAUUCUGAAAGUGAUUAG